AUCGCCGGCGCACCGCAGCAACGCCGGAAACCAUUGCCGGUCAACUUGGGUGAAAGGAAACCGCCGGUCGCAGAAGUUAUGCCGUCAGCUAGUCACCGUCUCUGCGUCGAGUUUCUAAAGAGAAAGACGUGCAAAGAUGAUUUUGGAGAUCGAGAUAAAUGCUUCCGAUAGGAUAUAUUGCGAGGUGCCUUAAGAAAAUGAGGAGAACCCGUGGUCGUCCAGUUGGUAGCAACAAUGAGCAAGCAAACAAUCACGAGCAGGAUUUGGCAGGAUUAGUAGCGCAACUUCAGAGACAGUUGCAGGAGCAGCAACAAACCAUCGACCGUUUGACCGCGAACAAUCAAAGGGGUGGUGGUGAAGGGGGAAAUGCUGGAAAUAAUCAUGCUAGGGGACACGGAGCACCGAGACAAGAACCUUUGAUGAUCACAUGGAGGAAGAUCAAGCCCGCGGAUUUCGAGGGGGGUCCAGACCCUCUAGCUGCUCAGGGAUGGCUGAAGACCGUGGAAGGCAUUGCUAAUGGGUUGGAACUAACAGAUAAUGACAAGGUUCGAUGUGCAUCUUACAGCCUCACCAUGGAUGCUCGAAUAUGGUGGGAGACUGUGGAAACAAGGUACAACAUCGCGCAGAUGACAUGGGAGCAGUUCAAAGAGGAGUUCACCAACCAGUAUUUCAACGCUAGUGUCACACGUAGGUACCGGGAUGAGCUUCAGAGUCUACGCCAGGGAACCAUGGAUGUUACAACCUUGGCGGCAAAAUUUCAGAGACUGCUACGUAUUUGUCCUACAGCUGCCCCGACGGAAAGAGAUAAGGUGAGGAUGUUCCUGGCAGCUCUUAGGAAGGAUAUAGCAGUUCACUUGGAGAAUGGCAAUCAGACUCCAGCUACACUAGCUGACUGUGUUUUUAUAGCAACUCAAAAGGAGUACUACAUCUCUAGCGGUCCAGUACCCGCUCAGCCGCAGCCUGUGCCUUCGCAGUCACAGAAUCAGUCACAUCGACACAUGAACAAUUCGAAGAGUAACAAGAAGAGAAACUUCACGGGCAAUGAUGGAAAAGGAGCUGGUCACCAUCAGGGACACCAAAAUAAACAGAUGAAAUUUCCACAGUGUACAAAUUGUGGCUGUAAUCAUCCAGGCCAAUGCAGAUUGGGUUCUAGAGCUUGCUACACUUGCGGCCUUGAGGGCCAUAUGUCGAGAGAUUGUCCAAGAAAGAAUCAGCAAAACUACCAGAUCACUCACAUGCCAAGAAAUCCAACACCUUCAGCGGCUGUCCAUAAUAUGCAGGCUUAUCUAGAAG